AUGGCUUCACGACCGACAGAUCAAACACUGGAUAAUUAUGAAUUUACGUUCGAGUCCUACCUGAAUAACUCGGCGCGGAUCGAGCCUGAUAGGUCUGACUCGAGAUCCAUCUCGGAAAGCAUAAACACCUUCCAAACCGAGUUCGGGAGGACGUAUCACUCUUACCGAGCCGGAUCUUACCUCUACCCCAAUGAUGACACAGAAAAUAACCGCGCGGAAGAGCAGUACAUGAUCAUGAAGGAAGCCAUGGACGGGCGGCUGCACCUUGCCCCCUUCUCCCGCGCCAAUCCUCCUCGGAAGGUCUUGGAUAUCGCUACCGGCACGGGCCUCUGGGCCAUCGAAAUGGGUGACUUGUAUCCCGAAGCGGAGAUCAUUGGGACAGAUCUAUCACCCAUUCAACCUGAUUUUGUUCCUCCAAAUGUGCACUUUUUUGUAGAAGACUCAUCUGAAGAUUGGUUUUACCCUCCCGAAUUCGAUUUCAUUCACACCCGUGUCACCAUCGGCUGCUGGUCCGACAUGAAAAAACAAAUUCUCCAACGUGCCUUUGACCACCUCCGGCCCGGUGGCUGGUUCGAGUCUCAGGAAAUCCCUGUCGGGAUCGACUGUGACGACGGCACGCUAACUGACAACUACGGCUGGGCGCGCUGGGUGAGGGAGUUCCGGGCGGGCUCUCGCAUCGCCAACCGUCAGGUGGACAAUGGCCCGCAGAUCAAAGAGUGGAUGUGCGAGAUUGGGUUUGUCGACGUGCACGAGGUCGUCAUCAAAAUUCCGAUGAAUGGGUGGCCGAAGAAUUUGAGGCUGAAGCAGCUCGGGAUGAUGUGGCAGAGGAUAUUGCUGGAGGGGGUUAGUGGGUUUAGUUUGCGCACGUUUAAUCGGUCGUUGAAUCAGACUGUGGAGGAGAUUGAGGUUUUACUUGUCGACGUACGGAAGAGUUUGCUCGACCGCUCAGUACAUGCAUACCACAGGCUAUACGUCGUGUGCGGCCGGAAACCGGAGGCGGCGUAG